CUUUUUUUUCCGAUAAUGUAUAUUGUUUGGUUGAUGAUAUGUAUACUGUUGGUUAACAGUAUUAGUGCUAUUUGUGUUUUUCAUAAAUUAAGAAAACAAUUCAGGUGUAGUCAUAUUGUACUUUCUGUGUAUAAAGAAGAGAAAAUUGUGUGCAUUAAAUGUCAGCAACAAUUUCUAUUAAGAUAACUUUGAUUGUUAUAAAUAAUAUAGUCAUCACAUUCAACAGUCACCAAUUUUCGUAGGUCAGGAAAAGUUCUCGAAGAACUGAUAUAGGUGUAUGGAUAGGUCACAUUAUUUGAAGAAAUUUAGCGGCACUUUACGAAGAAAACAAAAUUUCAUCGCAAAGAAAUUUUCUUCUCUACCUUGUUUUCCAGUUCCACCACUUCUAGAUACACUAAAGAAACUUCUCGCGUCUGCUAAACCUCUUAUAUCACCACAAGAAUACAGUAGUUCAGAGAAAUCGAUACAAUGUUUUGGAACUCCAGGCGGAGAAGGCGAGUAUCUUCAAUGCUUGAUUUUAGAACGAGCUGAAAAAAUGGAUAAUUGGUUAACAGAUUGGUGGCAAAAAAUUACCUACUUUGAUAACAGAAAUCCAUUGACACUCUCUACAACCACUGGAUUAAGUUUUCCAGCUCAGGGAUGUACAACUGAAGAUGAACUUCUGGAUUGUGCCUCAAAAAUAGUAGCAGGUGCUCUUCAGUUCAAAAAGCUCGUCGAAGAAAACAGGGUGUCUCAGGAAAGCAUUGGUGAUAAACCACUAGACAUGAGCCAAUACAAGACAGUUUUUGGAACAUGCAGAAUACCUCACGACAGAAGUGAUUACCUUGUUUUCAAUCCCAAAUCAGACUUUAUAACUGUUGCUUACAGGAACAACUUCUACAAAGUAACGGUAAAAGAAGGUUUGGCUUGGCAAAAACAUUCCGCAAUAUUUGAACAGUUAAAAGAAAUUGUGACAGAAAACAACGAGGGUCCUCCAAUAGGAUUAUUGACCAGUGGAUGUAGAGAUACUUGGUACAAAGCAUACAAUGGUUUAAAAAAAAAUCAUGUCAAUUGUGAGUCUAUGAAAGCCAUUGAAGAAUCUCUUUUUUUGGUUUGUUUGGAUAUUUUUUCAGCGCCAAGAAAAAUAAAUAUCCCAACAUCUACUAUUAAUCAUUGCAUUCAUGGAAGUGGGCCCCGUCAUAGCGGUGGCAAUCGAUGGUUUGAUAAAACGUUACAGUUUAUAGUAGGAAAAAAUGGAGAAGUAGGACUGACGUAUGAAGGAAGUCCAGCAGAAAUUCAAGUAAUCCUCAUGAUCAUGAAUUUUAUACAUAGAUACAUGGAAACUGCUAAGCCAUCUUGUAUAACCUCAAACUGCAGACCAAAAAAGCUUUAUUUUGAAAUAGAUGAUCAAGUUGCAGAUCGAAUCAAUGAAGCUUAUUGUUAUUUCGACAGAUUAGUUGAAGACCAGGAUCUCUACUGUUUUAAAUUUCACCCAUACGGCAGAGAUUUCUUAAAAUGUAACGAAAUAAGUGCAGAUAGUUAUAUACAAAUGGCUAUUCAGUUAGCGUACUUUAGAUUACACCAAACGAUAAAACCGCAGUUUCAAUUAGUAUCAAUCAGACAAUUUAAAGACGGAAGAAAUGAGGUAAUUCGUUGUUGCUCCGAAGAAACUACAAGAUUCGUAUGUGCUAUGCAAUGUUCUACCCUUUCAGUACAAAGCAAAGCAAAUGCCCUUUACACAGGUAUUAAAUAUCACCAAGAAAUGGCCAAGGAGGUAAUGGAAGGAAAAGGGAUAGAUAAUCACCUGUUUGGUUUACGUAUGAUAGCUAGCGAAAAUGGACGUCCGGAUCCACAAAUAUUUUGCACCCCAGCAUAUCAAAAAAGUUGCAAUAUCAAUCUGAAUACAUAUCAGAUGGCUUCUAACUUUGACGGAUUUAGUUCAAGUGGGGCUUUGUCACCAUGUGGCUACUCAUGCUAUUACAAAUUAGGAAAACAAUACAUAAACUUCUCCAUAUCAGCUUAUCGAUCUUCUGGAAUAACGAAUUCCUAUCUUUUGGGACAAUACUUAAUGUGUUCGUUAAUUGACAUGAGAGAAAUUAUUAAUCAGGCCUCGAGUAGAAUAUGAAUUUGAAAUUUCAAGAACUUGAAAUGUGUUAUUGCUUAAUAAUAUUUACAUGCUUAUUUCCAAGCUUCACACGAAAAGAUUGUCUCAAUAAAGUGCUAUUUGCAAUUACAACAAUUUAUUAUUUGGUUGGCUCUGGUUUUCUCUUAGCCAUGAUGAAG